GGAACAUGGGCGGUGUUAAUUUUUGUCAUGCGGCCGGAAGUAGUGCAUCCUUAAUGAAUGUUGCUUGUGUGAUCGGGCUAGUCGUAAACUUGGUAUAAGAUUUUCCAUCGUGAGAAAGUUGACGAGAGGGACCUUAAUGAAUUGUGACAUAGGCACAGUCAUCAUCAGCAGAAACAUUUUCUAAGUAAAAUGAUUUGAUUCCAUUGUUGGAAGCUCAGAAUGACUGCAUAUUUGGCUUUUCCAUACAGUUCAAAAACAGUCUAAAAUUUUUUCAAGCCAAGCCUGAACCGGUAAUCACUAACUGCUGUAGUAAUAACAUUCUGCACUGCUGCAGAAUUCUCAUCUGCAAAUGAUUUCCUUUUUGGAGUUAUAAAUUCUGUAAUAAUGUCCAGGAAGCAGUCUGUUAAAGCAAAGCCUAACAAGAAGGCGGAGUUGGAAAGAAAAAGGGAUGAGAAAGCUGCCAGGAGAGCUUUAGCCAAGGAACGCAAAAAUCGGGCACCGGGCGGUGGUGAUAGUGAUGAUGAGGAGUUUGUUAGUUUUGCUAAUCAGCUUCAAGCCAUGGCACUCAAAAUCCGAGAAGUACCUGGUGAUGGGAAUUGUUUGUUUCGGGCACUUGCUGAUCAGUUAGAGGGUCAUUCACGUAAUCAUCUGAAACACCGUCAAGAAACUGUGGAUUACAUGCUUAGACACCGGGAAGAUUUUGAGCCAUUCGUUGAAGAUGAUGUUCCUUUUGAGAAGCAUGUUGCCAAUUUGGGAAAGCCUGGUACAUUUGCUGGCAAUGAUGCCAUAGUAGCAUUUGCACGGAACAACCGAGUAAAUGUAGUUAUCCAUCAGCUAAAUGCUCCUCUCUGGCAGAUCUCUGGUCUGGAUAAACCAGAUGCCCGUCAACUCCACAUAGCUUACAGAUAUGGAGAACAUUAUGACAGUGUGCGAAGAAUUAGUGAUAACUCCGAAGACCCAGCUGCUUUGAAGACAGAGAUGUUCAGUAAGGAUGGAGCCAAUAAAAAGUGUAAAAAUAGGCUACAGAACUGUCGAGUGGAAGACAUAGACUAUGAAACAGAGCUGGCAGAUGAGGUGACAGAUGCUGUACAGAAGGUUCGGAAUGCAACUGGAUGCACAGAUGAUGAUGUCAUUCUCCAGAAUUUAGAAGAAGAAAACUAUAACAUAGAGACUACAGUUUUGGCAGUUCUUCAACUGACUGAACUAAAUAAUUUAAGUGCCACAGUUAAAUCAGCAGAGAAAAGCCUGAAUGAACCAACAAUGCCAUCAUCUCUGGUUGAAAAUGAUACUGGAACAAAAGACUGUGGAAAUCAUCCGAACUCUGAAAAAAAUGAUGGAGCAGAAAACAAUAAAGCACAAAUAGAUGUAAAAGAGGAAAACAAACUUAAGAGGUCUAUAAAGCUCUCCAACAAGCAAAGAAAAGAACAGCAACGUCAAGAGAAAAAAAGACGACAGGAAGAAAGGCAUCGACAAAAAGUCUUGGAGAACAGAAGUAACAAUGCUGAAAAUAAUGACAAUCAUGUUACUACAGCUACAGAAGUUACACUGGUGAAGGCAGUUGCUACUUUAAACAUUUGACUGCACUGGUUUGCAUUGUCAAAUGUAGAAAUGUAACCGUCCUUUAUGGGAUAUGCAAGCUGCUGUUAAAUGGCACAGCAAAUAUGUGUUGAAAACAAAGGGACUGAAGAAUUCUCAGUGGUUCAGUAUCAUUUUGUUUGUUUUUAUCAACAAAUCUUUAAAGGAAAGAACUGCAAUUCAUUGGUUGCCUUUAAUUUAAAUAAAAUUGUAGGUUCUCUUUCUACACAGGAUUCUAUUCCAAAUCCAAGGACAAGCUAAUUUUUCCAGAAUUUUUAUUUUUGAUGUCAGAGUGUAUUCAUUUGCUAAAUACAAAGACAGUUGCUUUAA